AUGUGCACCCAAGCCAACAGAUUGGACUCUACCUCCCCGUUGUUUUUUGUAUCUCAGAUGGCCGUGAAUGUACAAAGACGGCAUAGAGGACAUAGUUUAUUCUUCACCCCACUUUCUGAGGCAACAGAACCAUCCAUAAGCAAUACUCGUCCAGCUGCGAGGAGACAGACAAGGACAAAUGACCCAAAUAACGACAACUUUGGGUCAAACCCGCCCUCUGGGCGUAUUCCUCGAUCAUCCUCUUCUCCCCUGCUAUAUCAAGUUCCGGCUCACAGCUCAGGUAGCCUUCGUGGGUAUCCAACUCACGAACAACAAACAACAAAACAUCCUCCAUUAACAAACUCGCGCUCUCAUUCCAAUCUACCCCGCGUUAGGUCGGGCUCGCAACCACUACAUCCUUUUUAUUCCCAGCCACCACCAUCUCCUCAGUCACUCAUUCAGCCCAAAUUCGGAAAUUCUAGUCAGUAUAGUGGAUCAGACGCCGAAGACGACGAAGACAAUACCGAAGGGGAACUUUUAUCAUUACGAAACAGGAGAGGCAAAGCCUCCACUCGCAAAACCUCGAGUCCGCUAGUAUCGUCCACUUCUGUUCAUACUAGUGGAAUGGUUCGGAGACGGACAGUUGCAGAACCACAAGAAGAAGAGCCUCAUGAAAUGCACAUGGAUAAGCAGUCAUUUUCCAUCGGAUUUAGUGGGAAUACGAUCCAUUGGAGUAUCAAUAUUGCCCGUAUCAUGCCCAUUCUCUUUCAGUGUCUCAGAGUGCUCGCGGUCAUCCCAGCGUCUGUCGAAACGCUAGGCUUAUUGGCGCGGGUCUAUAAUCCAAUACGAGCCUAUGGUAAUGAGAACACGAGACUUGACUAUGUCGCCGCAGCAGCAUGGGUGAGUAUGCCUUCCUCACUGGUCGCAGCUGCGUUGCUCAUCAGCCCAAUACCAGAGCAUCCUAACUGCUUUUCAAUGCCUGUCCUUUACCACAGGACUCUUGAAUAG